ACGCCGCGCUCUCGGUUCCAAAACGCGAAAGCGCGAUCGCGAAGUGCCGUGACACGAGGACGGAAUCCUUUUCAGGGAUUCCUCGGUGGAAUAUUCGUUUUGCAAACUUGCGAAAAUCGCGCGAGCGAACGCUUCCUCGAAGGAGACACACAUCUGAAAGCAGGAAAAUUCGCCGAUCCACUUCGAGGAAGAUUGCGACGUCGCUCCGAGAUCAGCGAUCAAUUGACUUCUCUCGGGGACAUCAAUCUCGUGCGAAAAUGAUAUUAGUUAUCGUGGAUCGUCGAACUAGUCGUUCUUGCAAGUGACGACGAUCGUGAGAAUCUGUCAACGAGAUUGCGCGGGGAACAUCGAUAAGAGGUCACAGAUAAUUCAAUCUUCCGGAAGAUUGACGAGUUUUAAUGGAUAGAUUGUAAGUGUGUGUGUGUAUGUGCACGUGUGUUACGAUCUGAAGAGGAUGAAUGAGAAGACCGCGUGAUCCUCGUUAUUUCAAUAUCGAUAUUCUUCCAAUCAAAGCCGUGCGCGUUGCUCAAAAAAUCCUCGCUUCUUGGAUUUGGGGAAUUUAUCAAUCCUAAAUCUUGAAAGAUAAAAGGAGAUUCAGUGUAGUGGAGAGUAGUGCAAUAUUUUUUGGAAGUGUCUUAAACUUGAUAUACAAAAAGAGAUACUUCAAGUGAGAUAGGUUACAAAUUUACAAAAAAAGAUCUUUAAAACUGCAAGAAGUGUCUUAAUGAGAAGCGUUGGAGAACAUUUUUGCAAAGUGUUUAUCCUUUAAUUCAUUUAACGCCUCGCUGGAGAAAGAUUCUUAGUAUCGUGAGAAGAAUUUAUAAAUUUUAAGUCUGCAAGAAAGAGGGAGAGAGAGAGAGAGAGAGAGAGAGGGAGAGAGAGAGAGAGAAAGAGAGAGAGAGGGCUUUCUCAUACACACAGUAAAAUCUUGCUAAAUAUUUUCGUCAAGCAAUGUUUCGAUCUUUUCAUUGUGGAUCUACAUAAUUUUAGUUUUUAUCCAAAAGAUCGUGAAUGAUCUAGAUAGAUCCUGCACCCACGAGAAUAUGAUAAAAAUUUUAACAAAACGUUUAAUUUUCUCGAUUUUGUGUUCGUAUCAUGGUGUACUAGGAAAAAGAUCGUCAACAUUGAGAGAAUAAUUUGUAAGUGUUAAAUAUUUGCAAGUAAAAAAUUUCGAUUAAUCUAUACCUUGCUAAAAAUCAGAAUUACUUGUAAGAUUGAUUCAUUAAAUCUAAAUCAAUGAUAGAAGAAGAAUCUCUCGUAAAUUCUCAAUAAACGCUUAUGGGAAGUACUCAAAUCUUUUAAUUCCGCGUUUAGCUAAUUUGCUCAAGACACUACACGAUAAAGAACUAGUUACAGAUCCGAAUAAUCGAAUAGAGAUAGGAACAGUCCUGAAAUAAUCAAGUAACAUCUCGAAACAGUCAUUACAACAUUGAGAGCAAAGAUAAACUCUCUCUCGCCGUGCCAUCGAUUCCGCAGACGGAUCCGCGUAUCCGCCAGCGGAAAUUGCAUUUCUGCGAGUGUAGGAUUCGAGUGUGUAUGUGUGAUGACGAUGACGAUCGCGCCGCGGGGACCGUCGAGGUGACUCGCGGUUGCGGCGGCGACGAGGACGGCGGAAGUGAUACUUGGGGAACCGGGUGGUACCGCGGCUCGCAGGAUGCUGCGAGCGGGGAGAACGGAAGAGAGAUCUCGCGGUGCGAAUUCGCUCGCAGUUCACGAUUGGUAGGACCGAUGAGGGGGCAUUAUGAUGUUCCAACGGCGCGCGUCACGCCGCGCGUCGUCGGGACGCUCGCGUCGCGUUCGCGAGCCCUACUGACGACCCUGACGAUGCUGCUCGUCGCGCUAUCCUGCUGCUGCGCUCGCGCCAGCGAAUUCCCCGAACGGGAAUGCUGCGACCUACCCUACCCGAUCCCGGAACCCACCGGCAGGUCCACAUCCGCGCCGACGCCGACCGGAAGGAGCGGAUUGAACAUCAAGGUACCGAUGGCUAUACUGAAUUGCCUCUACGCCCGUCAAUUGUGCUACGAAGACUCAUCGUGUAGCGCUAUUUUGGAGAUUAUACCGAGAGUCUGUGGUCCGGAAUUAGUGGCUUGCUCGACGGUGACGGUGACUAAGUGUCAAGCGGCUCUGCGCACCCUACAGGCUUUCACUUACUUCCGACCGACGUGCCUCUGCAGGGAGCCGCAUGUCGAUCCGGACUGCAACAGCUUCCAGAACUUCCUGUUUGACCAUCCGUGCGACUAUGUAGUAUGGAAAGACAAGGAUCCAUAUCCAGUGGAUGCAUUGCCAACGUGCAAUCAUGCACUCAACGUUUGUCAACGUGGAAAGCCUUGCAAUCAGAUUUACAAAGAUUUCAAAACCAACUGCAAAAUUCAAGAGAGCCAGUGUAAAAUGGAGAAUCGAGAAGCUUGCCAUGAGUCCUGGACGCAGCUGCGAUUAUCGCCACUGUUUGGCUGUAUAUGCCCGAAUAAUCACAUGAAGCGGCGAUGCGACAAGAUCUUCUUGACGGUGAACCAUAACCCCUGCGUUGAGGUCCUGCCCUCCUCCACCUCCGUAGACCUGUCGGGCACGGAUUCGGCCCUGUACCCGUUCGACCCGCAGCAGGAGAACUACCAGGAGAUCUGGUUGCCACCGACCAUGAAGGUCAUCGCCCAUCCUGACAAUUCUACCAGCUUCGAAGUGAUUGAGUCGCAAUUGGAAAAUCCACUGAUUGACGCUAAGCAUCGGGAUCUACUCACCAUGAAGCAAAUCCCUAUUCCAAUCAGUCAUCAUCAUCGGAUUCAUCACAAGAGAAACCAAACCGAUGAUCUCGAACAAACAGGCGUGACAUCAACAUCCUCCAUGUCGGACAUCGACAAAAUUCAGCCGCCAGUUAAACUUAUCCUGCCCAGCACAUGCCAUCACGCUUAUACAUCUUGCAAAAACGAUCCGGAAUGCAAGAACCUGCUGCAGCCUGUUCUGAAUCAUUGUGACUCGACGACGUGCGCGAGGAACGAGUGUAUGGAAGCGCUGCAGCAUUUCUACAAAACCGCCAAUCACAAACAUUCCGUGGAAAUCGCUUUCUGUCUCUGCAGGAAAACUGAUAGCAAAAAGGACGAGUGCAUAGUGGCGCAAGAAAAAAUGCAUCCGAUGUGCGCACAGCGCAUAGACGGCGCUGAAAUGCCGACAUGUCACAGCCUGGCUGAAACUUGCAAAGAGAAUAGAAGUUGCAGGCUUAGAUUGGAGUAUUACGAACAGAGCUGCGCGGUCGACAGCGUGACGAAGAAAUGCGCCGGACCAACUUCGGAAUGCAGAAAAGCGAUGCUGGGUAUUCUUGGCACCGAUCUUCACACUAAUUGCGCGUGCAAGGGUACUGAGAUCAGUCAGCUUUAUGGCUGCCUAGGCUGGCAGCGGCUUCUCUGGGUGAAUCCUUGCGUAGUGGAAUCGCAGAAGGACUAUCACGCGCGUAAGAAACACCAUCAUUCGCGUACGACAACGACGAUGACGACGACGACGGCGACGGCCGUCGCGACGACGACGAUGAGGUCACCGGCGAGCAUGACGGCGACCACCGCGGUCGAACAAGCGGAGGAUAAUCAAAUACCGGAAGUGACGAAGUGGCCGACCACCGAACCCAUGGAAACUUGGGAAAUCACAACCACCACUAUGAGCACCACUUCGAGUACUACUACGACCACUACGAUGCCACCACGCUUCUGCGUGGUUCAAAGGCCGACACACAGCCACCAAUACAUAAGAGAGGGCAAGGGCAAAAGGCUGUAUCGUGAGGACGAGCCCGAAUGCUCGGAGCUCUGUCACUGCAGCGAGGGUGAGCAACUUGUCUGUAACACCAUCUGCGUCGAUUCGUCACCCUGCAAGACGGAUUUCGCUUUCUACAACCACGAAGCACCGGCUUAUCAGGCACAUCGAGGUCCUUGCCUUUGCUAUAGUGGUGGUUUCAUAUGCAUGCGGCCUUCGCCCGACACAUACAAUAUACCGCACGGGGUUUUCAUGUUCCUGGGGUACAGCGAAAAAGACGAGACCUUAUUGAAGCAGCACAACAAUGUAACCGUGCUGGACGCGGUAUCAUCUCUCGACAAUUUCAUGAGAGAGGAAGUCAAUAAUCAGACAGUAUGCACGCUCUUCUUGUACAAUGCGACCCGAGAAAACGUGAUUGCAGUAGCACGGCUUGGGAGCGACAAUCCACCCUUAAAUAGCAGCCAGGCUCAGAAUCUGCAGCACCUGUUACGUGUCAAGGAAGAGUGCGCGUCAAUGAUGCAAGAUCUCAGCGACAAGAUCAACAACAAGCAUCACGAAGUGCAUUCGCAUCCGCUACUCUCGAUCUUCAAGAUGGCCGAGGUCGAGGUAAAAAUGCCAUACAGUAACGAGGCGGCUGUCUUCAGGUCAUCAUUAGUCCUUCUCGUCAUUCUACUGGUAGUCGGCCUUUUCGGUUCGACGUGUCUUUUCGAUUCGUGACAGGGACACCGAGACACCGUAAGAAGUCUAUAUCGAACGUCUCCCUCGCGAAGGAUCGCCACGUGUCGCGCGCACGCGAUUACUGUGAUUCCGACAGCGGAGUCUAUCCGGAGGAAGGAGGACUUGUGGCCUUGAAGGCCACAAAACAACGAAGAGAAGGAUUUUUCACCUUCUUGAUCAUCGUGCUGAUCUAUGUAAGGAUUGAUCGACAGAUCUGCACGAUGAUCCCUGCAUGUUUCUUGCCGAUCACGAAUUGCUCAUCGCGCCGUUCAAAAUAUUAUUAAAUGUAUAUGAAUGUUUAAUAAUAUUUUUAUUCCUACCUCGAUAUGCAGCCUCAUCGAACCUCGUUCUUAACCCUUUAACAGUCGCGAUUCGAGUAAUUCCGAAUUCAAUACUGGAACGUACAAUAAUUGUAUAAAAAGUUAUUUUUCUUAGAAGAUACAAAAUGCUAAAUUUACAAAGAAAAAUGUUCCUAAUUUUAGCAUAUUCUCAUCUAUUUGUUUCUCCUUAUUUUAUCUUAUUUAUACAGUUUUUGCUGUAUAAUUAUAUAAAGAAUAUUAGGAUAUUUAAAAAAAAAACACGCUCUCUGCACAUGUUUAAAAUUGCACUGAAGCUGCUAAUAUAAUUGCGAUUUGAGAAUUUUAUUUCAUUUUAAAAUGCAUAUUAGAGAAAAUGAAUAAUUCACACUGAUACUUCAACAAUAUAUUCAUUGCGAGUUCCAAUAUUUUGAAAACAUUUAAUACGCGAAUGCUUACUCCGUCUGGAUAAAGAUAUUAUAGUGGAUAAUAAUUUGUAUAAAAAGUAGUGCUGUUACGCUGCUCGAUAUUCGAAGGGUUAGCGACGAAUGAUCGAUGAUACUCUCGACGAUUGAGGUCGCUUUGAGGUCGAAUUUGAUACGAGAACAAGAUUGACACGGAAUACAUUUGUCGAAUGCGCAAAAUCAAAUGGAAAUCAUCAACCAACCGUGUUUUCAUUUUACGCGUUCGGUAUGUAAUUCGCCGUCAGAAGUGUCUUGUGACGAGAUUGUCGCGCGAUCGACAUGCAACCGACAUAACUUCAACACAAGAGUUGCAUCACAAGCAUUAACAAUCGCGUGCGGUGCUGAUGAUGUUUGGUUACACGGUGAUUUGCAAGCGAAUGAUUAGUAGAGAACAAUUGAUGAGAUAUGCAAGCAUUGGAAAACAUUGGAAAACUAAAUAAUUGAAAUUAUUUACGUUUUAACCCAUAAAAAGUUAGCUAAUAUAAAUAUAUAAAUGAUAUAUAUUCUAUAUAAAAUGUAUGUGUAGAAUAAAAGUUUUUCUCUCGAUGCCUAAUCUCGAUUGGCAGAAAAAUUAAAUUUGUUAGAAUCAUGUCGAGGGAGACAAUUAACGCAGAGUUCGCGGAUAGCUACGAAUACUUUGUUGCAAAUUGUUGAAGGAUAUUACAUAUAUAUACUCGAAGUAUUUAUUUUUAAAUGUUAAAAAUUUUCGCGAUUAUAUAAUUGUUGAUAAUACGUCGCAAUGUUAACGUAAACGAAAACCAAACAUUUCGCACAAAAUCAGCAUUGUACUUUUGAUGCAAUCGAUCAGGUAACAAUCUCGACAAUUACUUAAUCGAAAAAAGACAAAAAUAUAAAAAAAAUCGAUAAGUAAAAUUAAUGAAAAAAAUUGUAGUCUUGAAAUUAGCCUUGCGCGAGGAACGUCCGAGAGAGAAAUCGAGAUAGAGAACGGUGAGCGCGAUUCGGGAUCGUCAAAACUAGGAUAUGACGCGUGUAUAAUAAAUCGAUCGUAGCGCGAGAGAUGCAGUCUGUAUAAAUGGCUAAGCACUGAUCUAUUGUAUAAUUAAUGGCCAAGCAACGCAAAUCUCCUCCCGUACUGGACCAUUAGGUGUUUGUUAAAGUUGAAACCUAAACCCGAAACCAUACGUGCAUCUGCGGUGCGUCGCGAAAAACUCGAGUGUGUAGAUAAAUGUAGAUUGUUGAUAGCAACGUAAGUAUAAAAAAAAAAGUGUGUAAUAGAGGUAGGCUAAAAAUACGAUCGAACGAAAAAAUCGAUCGUGGCCCGCGCGUUUCCAAGUUUCUUCGCGUCGAUAUGCAAUGU